UACAUAUAGUGAAGGGGGCGAGGAAAAGAGGAGAGCUGAGAAAACUGGGUGACAAACACACCCGAUGUUACCUAGCUACUUUUGUCAUAUUUUUAAAAGCAACACAUUCAGUGCUUCAUCAUGCCUGCAUUCAGGAUCUGGCGCAUUCUGUGUGUGCUUGGCUUCGUGGGUGCAUCCUUGUGUGUGAAUGAGGUUGAGUAUGAAGGAAACAACGCAGACAACUAUGACAACGAGAUCUCUCAGGAUCAGCAGGGGGGGGAAACUCCAACCACACCAUGUCAGGCUGCAGAUUUCUCCCGCUGGGACAAGCUUUUCAUCGCGCUAGAGGACUCCCAUAUGAGACAGAACAUGCUGCUGGAAUCUCUGGAACAAUGCUGCGGAGGAAUGGUGUCUCUCAGGACCCAGGUGGACAGGCUGGCCAAGGGAACAUGCCAGCACUGUCUACCAAGCCUGGAGUCAGCAUGCAGGGCGCAAGCAGAGCAGACGAGAGUCAGGCUACAACAAGGCUUGGUGAAGCUCCAGGAGGAGGAAGCCGAAAGGGAGAGGAGCUUAAACGCUACCUUGCAGCAACUCCUGCACAGUAGCCUUGAAGCGAAUGCCCGUCUGAAGUGGCUGGAGGAAGGUAGAGGCCACAGAGUGGUGCCAUCGGGAGCAGCAGACAGCAGGACGGGACACCAACCAACACAGAUACCUGGAAGUUUGGGGGCAGCAUUAGGCUUGGGAAUGAAGCCACUCCCAUCUGUCUUGAAGGAGAAGGAAGUGACUUCACCGCUGGACUUGGCCACAAUGGAAAAGGCCCUAGUUGCCAUAGCGAUGGAGCUGCAGAAGGUUCACCUGCAGCUGAGCAGAGUAAUAGAGCAGGCAGGUACACUGAGGAAGGACAGAGGAGACACAUGAAUUUCCUAGAGGAAAAGAAUGAUAAAAGAUUGACUAGGAACACUCCAGUAAUGAUGAUUUUGCACAUACUGAUUUUUUUAAUGUUACUUUUAAAGCGCCUUUCUUAGAUACGUGAGCUUGUUUAUGUCUGGUGACAAUGAAUUUAGAUGUACUAUAAAUGUUGUGGGUUUACUAUAAUAAAUAAAAACGUAUUAAACA